CCUUCUCUAAUUUCUUUCUUUCUCCUUCUCUGUCAAAAAUCGAAAUCAUCAAUCCACAUUUUCUCUUCUUCUCUAUUUUCUUUAGGAGUGAUGGAUCGAGCAAAACCACUGUUGUUUGUUUUGUUUUUUCUAUUUUAUGGGUUAGUUUAUCAAGUAACACUUUACUUGUUUCCUCUACCCUUCCAUUUCUUAGAAUUUUUCAAGAGUCAGUAUGUUCAAAAAGCCAUGACAUAUAUUUUAUUGGCGAUUCCUCCUCCUUUGAUGUUAGCGUGUAGCAUCAAGUAUGAAAACAAACUAUCGAAUCAUGUCAUCCACUUUUUUAUAUCGGGAAAUAAUGACUUCACAUUUGAUUCCAUUUCUAGUUGGUUUCAAGUGGGUCGAUACCUAUUUUACGAAGAAGAUUUAGCCCUAGUUGUUUUCACAUCAAACGUAUUCUUCAUCUUCAUCAUCUUUCUAGACCAAAUUGCUCAAAAUGAAGAUAGAAUCAUGUUGGUGAAGAAAAUUGUCAAGAGAUGCAUCUACGGUGUUUUGGUUUUGCUAUACCUCGGACGGACGUUCAAAACGGACUAUCUCCCUUUUCCUUUGCCCGGAUGUAUAAUCCCUCUCAUCCCGGCCAUUAUGGGUGGUUACCUUAUAGUAAGACUCAUCAUUAGUUUUUAUAAACAUAUUUUAUGUUAAUUCUGAUACUAAAGGAUUAUUUAUGUCUUGUUAGGUAUUUUGC